AUGCUCAUAAUCGGACUCACAGGCUCGAUUGCCACGGGUAAAUCGACUGUCUCAUCUAUCCUGUCUAGUCCCCCCUACUCCUUACCGAUCAUCGACGCCGAUCUUCUCGCCCGCAAGGUCGUUGAGCCUGGGACUGCUGGCUACAAAGCGAUCGUCAACUACUUCGGCCCCAACACCCCUGAUCUCCUUCUCGAUGAUCCCGCCACCGAUACCCCACAAGGCCAACCACUGAAUCGGCCGGCGCUCGGCCGGCGCGUCUUCGGCGACACCGAUGAUCGCAAACGAGACCGCCAAGUCCUGAACGGCAUCAUCCACCCUGCUAUCCGGUGGGAGGUGUACAAGGCAUUGAUCUACCAUUAUCUCCGAGGCCAGUGGGCCGUCGUCCUCGACGUCCCACUGCUUUUCGAGGCCGGUAUGGAUCUCAUCUGCGGCACGGUCAUUGUGGUCGGCGUGCACGAUCCAGCGGUGCAGAUGGCGCGGCUCCGCGCCCGCGACUCACAUCUGACUGCUGAGGAUGCCGAGAAUCGCGUGCGCAGCCAGGGUGAUAUCCGAGCGAAGGCGGCACAGGCGGAAUUCCGGGGCACGACGACGAAUCGCGGGGUGGUGGUGUGGAACGAUUCCGACAAGACCGAGCUCGAGCGUGCAGUCAAGGGGGCAAUGGCGAGCAUCUCGGCAUCAAGCCCAUGGUGGUGGGCGUGGACGUUGUUAAUUGCGCCACCCAUUGGAUUUGGCGUGGCAGCCUGGACAUUGCUCGUGAACUUCGCAACGCAGAAAGGGUGGGAAAAGAAGAAGAGGGAAGAGAAAGCAAGACUGUGA